UGGCUCGAGGUUUGUGCGAUUUAAGGCGAGGUUUCGGUGCGGGCGUGUCGAAGGUUGCGCGGGUGUGUCGAGGCUUUCGUCCGCGGGUUCGUGCGGCGUGUGUGUGGUUCGAGUGCUGCGACGGGGGGUCGCGGUGUUCGAGGGUUGUGCGCGAGGAACCGGGGUCGCGUGUGUGAGUUUGGACAGCAGAGGCCACCGGAGUUCCGUCGCCGGAAUCUUUGUGCCGGCGAAAGUCAGUGGUAUAAUUUUGUACUUAACUUAGUAUGUCAGUUUAUUAAUUAUUCUUAUAUUUACUGUUUUCGUAGUUAAGAAAGGUUUGUAAUUUAUAAUUAAUAAUUAGAGUGUUUAGUAAUUUAUUAGAUUGUUAACUAGUUAAGUUAUUGUUCUGUUUUAAGUAUAAAUUCUGAUUAGGUUUGUAAUUGGAAUAAGUUGAAAGUAGGAAAAGUGUGUCUUAUUAUUAGUUACAGUUAUUUUUGUUUCCAGAGUAACCUGUUUCAUGAAAUCUGACUUUGGGACGUAUGACUCACCCUUUGGACAUGGAAGUUACCUUUUUGGACAUGGAACUUACUUUUGGACAUAUGACUUACUCUUGGACAUAUGACUUACCUUUUGGACAUAUGACUUGACUUUUGGACAUAAGACAGGCUGGACUUAUGACAUUUUGGAUUGGUAAAUUAGUGGGCUAAUGUUACUAAAUAACUUAGUUACUCACUAAUUCUGACUUCUAAAAGACGUUAAAUUCACUAGAUUAGAAUUAUAACGAAAGUUCUGGAAUAAGGUUUUAACUAUUGCGUAAUUCGAAUCGUUAGAUCGUUAUGGUCUUAGUACGUAGUAGUUGUUAGUGUUAUCAAGGACGUAACACUAAAAGCUUUGUUUUAACGAUUUAGGUCCCAAUUUCAUAAGCGGCUCGUUCUAUUAAGUCAGCGAAAAUUCUCCGUUACAAGCGCAGAAUGGUUCGAUCGGGAGGCGCCCCUGACACCUCUCUUAACAUCGAGCAAUCGAUACGUGACCUAGUACAGAUUACAGCCAACUUAGCCCAAGGUCACAGCCGGGAUGGGGACCUAUCUGAAAAAGUGGCCCGUAGGAACCCACCUAUACUAAAUGGAAAAGGGGGACCUGAAGAGUUGGAAAACUGGGUUGGGGAAUUUGAUAAGCUUUUCUUCACCCUAACCUGUCCUGACGAGAAAACAGUGCCCUUAGCUAGUUACUAUCUGCAGGGGGAUGCCCAUUUCUGGUGGACCCAGGCUAAGGACAACCUUCUCAGCCAACCGGGUUUCGGGUGGGAAACUUUUAAAAAGGCCCUAAGAGACAAGUACUACCCUCCGUAUCUUAAGAAACAAAAAGCCCAAGAGUUCAUGAUGCUGGAACAAGGGACCAUGUCGGUAGAGGAAUAUUACCGAAAAUUUAUUGAACUGAUGAGGUUUGCCCCAGAGAUUGCCCCUACUGAGGAGGCUAAAGCCUCACGUUUUGAAUUGGGACUUACCCUUGACCUGCAGGGUAGACUGGGGGGAGAUACAUUCACCUCUCUGGACCAUGUGUUUGGCAAAGCUGCCCACCUUUAUGCUAUCAGGAAAAGGGAGGAAGGGGGUAAGCUGGGCGAGAAACGUAAGGAUAACCCAAACCCUGAGGGUCAAAAGUUUGAGAAAAAGCACAACGGGAACCAGAAUAAUCAAAACCCUCAGAGAAAUUUUGGUAAGGGACCCAAUAAUAACCAUAAUCCCAACAACAACAACAACAACAACAACCGCAACAAUAACACCAAUAACCGCAGACCUGAGCGUGUAUAUCGGUGUAGAAAGUGCCCGAACAACCAUCCUGGUAAGGAUUGUGAGGGUAACAAGGUUGAAUGCCGGGAAUGUGGGAAGAUGGGGCAUAGAGCCUAUGAAUGCUAUUCGAAAAACAAGCUAAACCCCAAUGGCCAAAGGAAGGGGAACUAUGGGGACAAGCCCCGAAACGGAAAUGGUAACGGGAAUGGUAACGGGGGAGGUAAUUACAAUGGGAAUUCUAACUAUUCCAAGCCCGCUACCAACACCAGCAACCAAGUCUCUAAUGUUAACAAUGCAACUAGUUCCCAAGAUAAGGGCAAAGGGAAGCUGUACAUGAUGACGGCUAGUGAAGAAGAGGCUCGUAGAGACGUUGUCACGGGUCCCAAUUUCAUAAGCGGCUCGUUCUAUUAAGUCAGCGAAAAUUCUCCGUUACAAGACUAGGUGAGCUGGUGCUGCUGCAUGACAUCAAGCAUAUGGGGGCUAGACUGUAGUUUGAAGUUAACUUUUGGUUUGAUUAUUAAUGAAUUUUAUAGAACAUUGUUACAUGGUUUGAGUUUGAGUAAAGAGGGGUCAUCUAUGAUUCCCGAGUUGUAAUUACAUUUUCUAUUCCGCUGCAGUUUGGUUUUGAGACAAUGAAUUUGAGUUACCGUAUUUCUAAUUAUGCCUUGCGUUCCAUCGCGGCGGUAACACUCCCAAAGUCGAUG